AUAGCCUUCCAUGGCGGUGAGGAACUUGUCCAAAAUGAUUCAUUUUGCGCCUUCAUUAUCACCCAUUCAAACUACUCAUAUAAUUAACCACAGUGGUCACUUUCUGCGUCGUUAGGGUUUCAAAAAGAAGAAGAAAAUUCCCCCAAUUAUUUUGGGGACGAAGAUUGUUUGCUGAAUCAUCCGUUUAUUUCUGCCGUAUAAAAAAGGAAAGAGCUGACAAAGAAGUAGAAUACCUCCGGACAAAUUCUUUGUAAAUCAACACUUUAUCUGCCAUUCUGGAGGUUUGGUUAAUUGACGCGUAUUUGAUUGUAAGAGGAUCCGAUUCCACGGUUCCUUCUUCCGGUUGGUCCACUUAAAUGUGUGAAAGAAGAUAAAUUGGAGGGUAUUUAGAUAGAUGAGCUGAAAAUUAUGAAAUUGUACUUUGUAUAUAGUGGUAGCAGUUGUGUUAUUUGCGACAUCUGGGUUCCAUCAACAUUUUUUUGCUUAAAAGGGUAAGAUGCCAUCUACGUAUUUUACAAGACUAAGAGCUGCUGCACAGAUUGAAAUUCGGCGGUCAGUUGUCGGUCAAGAUGGUGGGCUUCGAGAUUCAACUGAAUUUCUAUUUGCGCAAGUGAAGUCGCGACUUUUCAGUUAUAGGUUGUUUCAUUCUGUACGAAGUGAAUCCUUUGCAGGUAUACAAGCACUUUUGGGAACUAAUAUUGUUUUUGCUGCUCGGUCUGAUUCGUUAUCGGUUCACCGUAAGAGGAAUAUCUCUGUUGUUGGAGCACUUUCUCGCACAUUUUCUGUACCAUCUGUGUCAGGCCCUUCAUUUCAGGUUUGUGGGUAUCACAUCGAUCGUGCCCUUAGUGAUACUUAUCAAAUAUCAAACAGUGGGAAGUUGCAGAACAAAAUUAUGGCUGCUUGUUCACCUAAAGCUACUGUCGGUGGGUGUUUUCUUGAGAAUUUAAACUCUAGGGGUGGCCAUCUUUCAUUUUCAAGCAACAAUGCCAGCAUCUCGUAUGGCAGCAAAACUUCUCAGAGUUGCAGAAACAUUAGUAUGAGUUUGAAGAACCAAGGGCAAUCCACCAAUUCUCCAAAAUAUGGAUAUUUUGUCUUUAAUGUCAUGAAGAAAUGGCGUAGCUUUUCCCCACACAUAGAGUCAGGAUCUAGGUAUAUUCAUAGCUCGUCUCCUGCAUGUUUAUCAGCUGGAACUGCUCCAGAUGUAACCUUUGAAAAUUCUGGUCGCGAAGAACAGCUUGAAACUUCUUCAGUUUCUUCCGAACAGAAGAUUUCUGCUGGAAAAAAACUUAAGCUAAUAUCAGGAUCGUGCUACUUGCCUCAUCCUGAUAAAGAAGAAACUGGCGGGGAGGAUGCUCAUUUUAUAUGUACAGAUGAACAAGCGGUAGGUGUCGCUGAUGGUGUGGGAGGUUGGGCAGAUCUUGGUGUGGAUUCUGGGAAAUAUUCCCGUGAACUCAUGUCAAAUUCAGUCUCUGCAAUUCAAGAUGAACCGAAGGGUUCAAUUGACCCAGCUAGAGUCUUGGAGAAAGCUCAUUCUAGUACAAAAGCAAAAGGCUCCUCAACAGCAUGUAUCAUAGCACUGGCAGAAGAGGGUCUCCAUGCAAUCAAUUUAGGGGAUAGUGGUUUCAUAGUGGUUCGAGAUGGAUGCACUGUAUUUCGCUCUCCUGUGCAGCAGCAUGAUUUUAAUUUCACUUACCAACUUGAGAGUGGAGAAAAUGGCGAUCUACCUAGCUCUGGUCAGGUUUUUACAAUUCCUGUUGCUCCUGGGGAUGUUAUAGUUGCUGGAACAGAUGGGUUGUUUGACAAUUUGUACAACAAUGAGAUUACAGCGGUGGUGGUACAUGCCACUAGAGCUGGCUUAGAGCCACAGGUGACAGCUCAGAAAAUAGCAGCAUUGGCACGUCAACGAGCACAAGAUAAAAAUCGGCAGACCCCCUUUUCCACUGCUGCUCAAGAUGCUGGAUUUCGCUAUUAUGGUGGCAAACUUGAUGACAUUACUGUUGUUGUUUCUUUUAUUACCAGUGCUCAUACCGAACAUCAAAAGUCUUCUUUGUAAGAGACGGACCCUUAAAAGGAUUGCAUUUGAUCCAGUUAUUUUUGUUCAGAUAAUUUUGUUGUGCGGUUACUGGGAAAUCUUUAGCUGAUGUAAAUAAACCAUUUCUUGCUACAUCUGUUACGCACUUCUUUGUUUUGCUAUGAUAUACCUCAACCGGGCCUUAAGGGUCUAUGUAGUUCCGACUGCAAUCGAUAGCUGAAUGAAUUUAUGACUCUUUAAUUUCA